AUGCGUCUCAUGAAUACGGAGACAUUGACGCUCGAAACCCACGAUAGGCAGGAGAAGCCGCCGUAUGCCAUCCUGUCUCAUAGGUGGACUUCGGAAGGCGAGCUCCUGUUCGCAGAUGUCGAGUAUAACGAGCCUUCGGUUUGGCUGACCAUGCCGGGCGACAAGACCAGCAGCUCCGAGCUUACCGAGUCCCUCAACUCCAUAUUCCAAUGGUAUCUGAGGGCCGACGUCUGUUAUGCGAUCCUUGACGACAUUCAUGGGGAAGGGGACCUCGGGUCCAGUAAAUGGUUCACCCGUGGCUGGACGCUUCAAGAGCUCGUCACACCCCAGAAUGUGAAGUUCUUCAACAAGGACUGGGAGUAUAUCAACGACCGCUUCUCAAUGGUCGCCACCCUAUCGUCGAUUACCGGAAUAGACGAGGAGGUAUUGAGACACGGGCACAACCCGAUUCCCGCACAAUGGGCAGAUCAUGUCAUGAAGAAAGAUCAUGUCAUGGAGGAAAACUGGAUGACGUACAUUUGCACUUGUGGCGCCCAGAAUCACAACCAGGACAUGAUUCGUCGAGUUCUCAACUCCGUGAGUACGGCAACGAUCAUGUCAUGGGCAUCGAGACGCGAAACGACGAGAGAGGAAGAUUUGGCGUAUUGCCUGAUGGGAUUAUUCGACGUCAACAUGCCCCUUUUCUAUGGGGAGAAGGAGAAAGCCUUUUAUCGUCUGCAGGAGGAGAUCAUCCGACGGUCUGAUGACCAGUCAAUCUUGGCCUGGUGUGCGACUGUUCUUGACAUCGGCAUCAAGCCUCGGUGGAGCCUCAAGGGCAUUUGCGGCAACGACGACGAGACGAGUGCACGCAUACUUGUUCUUCCAGAGGGACUACAAGCGAACCUGCUGCUUUGUGGUUUCGACGCUUCAACCUUGGGGUUGAUGCCAAGCGAGUUAUGCGUCCUUGACUGUAAGCUUGGCAGCAAUCCCUUGACAAGGCCAGCGAUUAUCCUCAGGCAACAGCCCGGAUCCGAAAUCUAUGACAGGCAGAUACCUUUCGUCAUUAUGGCAGUGAAGCCUGGGAACUCUACUGACAAGGGUAUCUUGUACGCUGCCUCAGUUGACGAGCGUGAUGAUGGUGAGACGUUCACCGAGCAAGUCGACGAGAGUGAUGAUGAUGGCAACCCGAAAUACGAGCCGAUUGAUUGGCGUGAGUGGCAGCAGGAAGUGGAUCUCAGAACCGCGCAAAGGAGGCGGAUCAUUAUCUCGAAUCGCCAUAUAUACGCUGAUGUCGACAAGGUGCCCCAUCUAUAUGGACUACCACCACCGCGAGUGAAGGAUGUCGUCGACUGUGACGGAGGCCAGUGGAGGAUCAAGCACGUAAAGCCCGUGUCCAGUACUUACACAGACAGAGAGGUGUCUUCACCUUCAAACGACGCUAGGGGCGUUGUGUCCCUGGUAAAAUCCAGCUCGCAGUGA